AUGGCGGCGGCUUUCUUAACCAUAAAACCCUCUCCAUCUUCAUCUUCAUCUUCAUCUUCAUCUUCUUCUGCUUCUUUCAUCGUCACCCGCAGUACAAAAGCUACAUCACCAGCUGCCCCAAAACGACGACACGUUUCGUGCCAUUUCCCUUUGCUGCGUCGGCAUCGCUCAAUCCAGCUACGCUACCUUCAACAAUACAGGGCAGCUGCUGCUGCGAAUUUUACGGCUUUGGCUGUUGUGGAUGGGGAAGCGGCGGUGGCGGAGAAGGAUGGUGUAAAUGACUAUCUCUACCACUUCGAAUCUAAUAACCGUGAAAACGACGACGUUCCGGACUCCCAAUUGACGAACCCCUCAAAUGCAAGACCUUGCGAACUGUAUGUCUGCAAUCUCCCUAGAAGCUGCGACAUCCCUGAACUCACCGACAUGUUCAAGUCUUUUGGAAACGUCCUCUCUGUUGAGAUUUCACGGAAUCCUCAAACGGGUUUAAGUAGAGGAAGCGGCUAUGUCACACUUGAUUCGAUAACAGCCUCAAAAGCAGCAAUUGCUGCACUGGACGCUUCUGAUGUUGGUGGGAGAGAAAUGCGGGUCAGAUUUUCAGCUCAUAUGAAUCCUAAGAGGAGGACUUCCGAGAUUUUCAGUCCAACUCCGAUGAAGAGUUUAAUAUACGAAAGCCCUUAUAAGCUCUAUGUAGGCAAUCUUGCCUGGAAUGUUCAACCUCAAGAUUUGAGAAACCUUUUCAGCCAAUUCGGGACUGUGACCAGCGCUAGAGUGUUGCAUGAUCGGAAAGCUGGGAAAAACCGUACUUAUGGGUUUCUCUCAUUUUCUUCGGCUGCAGAACGUGAUUCCGCAAAAUCUUUGAACGGAACAGUGUUUUCGCGACGGACCAUUGUUGUAAGAGACGGUAUAGAAAAGGAAUGAACCUUUGACUGAAGCUUUGGAACACCGGUAAUUAAAUAACUUGGAGCAAUCUCCUCGGCGGCCUUACAUGGCCCUGAUGUGCCACAGUUGGAAAUUUUGUAUUUUGCCUAAAACCACAUGGAUAAAUAUACUUCUCAACUUUGCUACAUGGCUAGCUCAUUGUUGCAGACCUUGGUAUUAAUGGUUUUUUAUUGUUCCCAAUUAUGUGAAACAGAACAUUUACAUACAAGUGUAGCUUACAUCA